UCCUACAUGGGAUGUGCUGCACAGCUCUUUUUCUUUGCCUUUUUCAUUUCAACAGAGUAUUUCCUCCUCACCAUCAUGUGCUACGACCGCUACGUUGCCAUCUGCAAACCCCUGCACUACGGGACCCUCCUGGGCAGCAGAGCUUGUGCCCACAUGGCAGCAGCUGCCUGGGCCACUGGCUUUCUCAAUUCUCUGCUGCACACAGUCAGUACAUUUUCCCUGCCCCUGUGCCAGGGCAAUGCCCUGGACCAGUUCUUCUGUGAAAUCCCACACAUCCUCAAGCUCUCCUGCUCACACUCAGGCUACCUCAGGGAACUUGGGCUCAUUGUGGUUAGUGCCUAUUUAGUGUUCUGUUGUUUCAUUUUCAUUGUUUUCUCCUAUGUGCAGAUCUUCAGGGCUGUGCUGAGGAUCCCCUCUCAGCAGGGACGGCACAAAGCCUUUUCCACGUGCCUCCCUCACCUGGCCGUGGUCUCCCUGUUCCUCAGCACUGCUAUGUUCGCCUACCUGAAGCCCCCCUCGUCCUCAUCCCCAUCCCUGGAUCUGGCACUAUCAGUUCUGUACUCGGUGGUUCCUCCAGCACUGAACCCCUUCAUCUACAGCCUGAGGAACCAGGAGCUCAAGGAUGCCCUGAGAAAAAUGAUGACUACUUUUAUGAAAUUCAUGGGCAGUCGGCGUAGAAAGGCCAGGAUCACACCAGCUGAUGUCCAGGCCCAGCCUGACACCAUCCCGACCCAGCUGACAAAGCCUGAUGUCAGCACCGCGUCGACUGCUGCCCCAGCAAAGUGUGACACCGCAACCAGUGAUCACACAACCCACUGGGACACUACAUCCACCGAUGAUGAGUCAAACUGUGACUCUGUGCUGCCUGGUCUCACAGAGGAGGCCGACGCCACAACGAUGGAGGGCGUGGCGAGCACUGACGCCGCGCCUGUUCAGCGCCUGGCCGAUACCCCCAGCCUGGAGUUUCUUGAGGAGAGAGUUGUCUCUGCUGAAGCCAGACUGUGGGACCUGGGGACCUGGGGCUGCUCAAGGCAUCUCCAGUCCCUGGGGCAGGUGCCAUUGAGGCCAGGCAGUGGGACUGGAUGA